AUGAUCUCGCAGAAGCUGUCGUACGGCGACGUGCCGACGUCCGCGUCGCUAUCCUCACUAUCACCGGGCCUCGCGCCACCUUACGUGAAUGGAAUGGGCUGCAUGCCAGCUCAACCUUACCCGAAUCUCUAUACCAACAACAUGGUUGCAAGUGGAUCCUGUAUGGGCUCGCCGGGCGUCGGAUACUCGCCACCGAGCACGAUGGCGUCGUGUAUGGGUGGUGGAGGCGCCGUGCCCUACGGUACGUUACCGCGUGAGCAGGAGGCCGCUUCUCCGACAUCAGCUUUGCAGCGGGCGCGCAAUGACAAGACUUAUCGCCGCUCCUACACGCACGCUAAGCCACCGUAUUCCUACAUAUCGCUCAUAACCAUGGCGAUUCAGAACAAUCCAUCAAGAAUGCUGACGCUGUCUGAAAUAUAUCAGUUCAUUAUGGACCUAUUUCCAUUUUAUAGGCAGAAUCAGCAACGCUGGCAAAAUUCGAUAAGGCAUUCGCUCUCCUUUAACGAUUGUUUCGUCAAAGUACCUCGGACACCUGAUAAACCAGGCAAAGGAUCCUUCUGGACCUUGCAUCCCGAUAGUGGAAACAUGUUCGAGAACGGCUGUUUCUUGCGACGACAAAAACGAUUUAAAGAUGAAAAGAAAGAAUCUCUGCGUCAAGCGCAGAAAGCGGCUCAAACGCACGGACACCACGGCGGAGGACACGAUAAGCGUGAACACGGUCACGAAAAAUCUGGUGGUGGUGGAGCGGUACCUGGAGAAGAAAAAGAGAUGCGUGACGAGUUGCUGGCACAGUUGCAUGCUGCGCCAGAGUUGUGCCUGCCCGAACACACGCCGUUGGCUCUUGAACACUAUGCUCAGCUGAAACAAGAGCCGACAGGUUACGCGCCCGCACCACAUCCGUUCAGUAUCACUCGGUUGCUGCCCGGCGCUGAUACAAAGGCAGACCUGAAGAUGUACGACGUGAACUACGGAUACGGUCACGCGCCCGCCGACAACUACUACCAGUCACCGCUGUAUCACCACCAUGCUCACGCACACUCGCAGCCGCCCUUGUGA